AUGAGAGUUACAAGUCACUUAUUUCCAAGAUUGUCUACAUUCUUCAAAUACUUCGUUUAGGCUUUAAAAACUUGAGAAGUUUUGCAGCUACGAUGUAUGGUUUUAGUUGUCUUUUUAUAUCAGAAUUUUUGGCAAGUUGGCUUUUCACAGAGGAAAUUUUUUAUCAAAAGUUACCAAGCAAAUGGCUCCUGUCGUUUGUAUGCAAUGCAAACAGGGAUGAAGAUUGAUAGUAAAACCCCAGAAUGCCGUAAAUUUUUAUCCAAACUUAUGGAUCAGUUGGAAGCUAUGAAAAAGCAAUUUGGUGAUAAUGAAGCAAUUACUCAGGAAAUUGUUGGUUCUGCUCAUGUGGAGAAUUAUGCUUUGAAAAUGUUUUUGUAUGCAGACAAUGAAGACAGAGCUGGGCGAUUUCAUAAAAACAUGAUAAAGUCCUUUUAUACCGCAAGUCUCCUGAUAGACGUUCUAACAGUGUUUGGGGAGCUCUCUGAAGAGAACAUCCAGCACAGGAAGUACGCCAGGUGGAAGGCAGCAUACAUUCAUAACUGCUUGAAGAAUGGAGAGACUCCUCAGCCUGGGCCUAUUGGAAUGGAAGGAGAGAGCUUCGCAGAUGUUGAAAGGGAAGAAGCAGGGUCGUCUUCUCUCCAUAGUGGAACAACUCAACCAACAUCAUCUACGUAUGAAGCUAACAACAUACCAGCUAGUACUUACACUGGCAUACAUAUACCACCAGGUGCCCAUGCACCAGCCAACACUCCAGCUGAAGUACCUCAUAACACAGGAGUGACAAGUAACACCAUUCAGCCUGCUCCUCAGAAUAUUCCUCUAGUCGAUCCUUCCCUUUACAGUGCUCAGUCUGCAGGGGAAGUCCGUUUGACUCCAGAGGACUUUGCCAGAGCUCAAAAAUAUUGCAAAUAUGCUGGCAGUGCCUUGCAAUAUGAAGAUGUGAGCACUGCUGUGCAGAAUCUACAGAAGGCCCUCAAGUUACUGAUUACGGGCAGAGAAUGAAGCCUUUAUCCAACAGAUUCAUGUCUUUUGCCUAAAGAACUAACAGCUUAUUACUGUACCUGUUAGGGGAGUGGAGUUAUACAGAAGUUCUCAAUCCCAUCACCCAUGACAAUGAAAUCACUGUUUCAGUGUCAGAUUAGCAAUUAAUGGUACAGUAGGAAUCUCUGCUUUCAUUUUACAAACAGUGGAGCUAGAAACAUAUGAACGCAGUGGCUUGAUGUAAGCAAAAUACUGAAGAAAGUACCGUGAACACUGCUCAAGGUGUUAGAAUUCAUCUUGCAAUAUUUAGAUUAUCAGAAUGGGAAAAUGCUGAAUCUGUAAAAAACCUGAGCAUAAGAAUGUUCUGUUAGAAUUCUUACUCUGAUUUUAUUAUUUCAAAUAAUUAUUUAAUAAGUAUAAUAGCUUUAACAUGGUAACUAAGAUUAGCGCUUUCCUCCUGAAAUGAGAACAUGUGAGAAGGCUUGACAGAUCCACAAGGGGAAGGACUUUUUUUCUAUACAUAAAUUAUUUGGGUAUUAUCUGAGACAUAAGUCAAAGUUGAGGGAGACCUGAGGACAUUUGUAUUUCAUUUUAAAACAUGCUGGAAAAAACAUUUCUUGAUACUUCAGAUAGAGUCGUUUUGAUGGUGUUUCAACCUAAUCCCCCACAACUGUACGGACUGUUACAUGUAUUCUUGAUUAUCGGUUCUUGCUCCUUUUGUGUGAAAACUUAAAAUUUUGUAUAUGUAUGGGUAAUUAAGAGAAAGUACUAAUAUUAAUCAGAGAUGAUCCUGAAACCGGAGGCAGAGAUUCUAAACAGCAUGAACUGUUAGGGAGAUUUGCUUCGUAGCUGUUCCAUCUUUUUAAGAGGCUGAAAAAAGGCCUGUUCUUCAGCCAUUAAAGCAGUAUAGGUUCAUCUCUGGUAUUAGUGUCAUAGAGCUUCGUAUUUCCAGCUAAUACUCUUCCUGUCUGCUUUGUUGUGGAGACUUUUUGGACUUGGGAUUUAAUUAAAAUAUCUUGGAAACUGAAUUUUGAGUCUUUAUGAGGUCUGCCUUUGCAAUUAUAGAACUCUUGAUUGUUAAAAAUCCAUCCAUGCUGUUUAAAAGAAAGAGUAAGUAGUCUUUUAACUGACGUGACAUAAUAAUUGAGUACACCAUAAAGCAUGUCUGAUUUGUGUAAUAAUUUUAAUGACAUAUUAUCUGACCUGUCUUUCCUUCCAAACUGCCGGAUCAAAUCCACGUAUUCUUUAUAGUUGCUCUGUUUUGCAGUGACUAAAAUAAGUCUGGUAUUCAAAGCAAAAAGAUGAGGAAAAGAAAAUCAAACAUAAGCAUGCAUUAAAGUUUAGCUGGUCAUAUCCUUUUAAGAGUGUAGAGUCUUUGAUAGCAGGUUCGAAAAGGGUAGUAUGAAACUUGUAAAUGUAUACUUAAACAUUUUAGUUGACUGAGAUUUAAUAGAUAAAAUGUCUGGUAUUGUUUGUGAUGCUUUCUGAUAUGGGAUAGCAUGCUAAUCUGGACAGUGAUUUGGAUUAGAUUUUAAUUGUUUUGGGAAAUUUAGAAUAAAUCAAUCUGAAACUUUUUUGACAGUAAUGCUGUACAGACCUGGGCAAUAAGCAUGUGUUUUGUACAGUGAUUCCUGCAAGAUAGAUCCCUCACUUCAGUAUCAAACUGAAUUACUGUAAAUUAUUCCAUGUAUAUUAUUGUGGUGCUACACUGUGAUUGGAAAAGCUGCUUUUCAGUUGAAAGAAGGAUGCAGAACAUUGAUCCAUGUAGAAAUAUAUAUAUUGCGUUGCUAUAAAAAAAAUCAGAAGUUGCUUUUCAUUUGGGGAUCAUGCCGCUAUUUACCAAUAGCAGCUUCAGUCCCCAGCACUUGAAGGAGGAAAGUCAGUUUUCCUCUUUCUAUUUACAAAAGCCCCAAAGUUCUUUUAAUUAUUUUAUAUCACAUGGAAUAAUAAGCAAGCUAUGAUACAAUACUGUAUUAAUUUGAGGCUUUUCAAUUAGAACUGAUUUUUUUGGGUGAUUGAAUGAUAUGAAAAGGAAGUACAUAACUAAGAAGGUUGCAAACGAAAAUUUAAGUAUUUCUUAAAGUCUGUAAAAGAUUGUCUGUUGUCCAUGAUUAUGUUGAACCUCUAAGUUCCUAUAGGAAACCAGGCAAUCAUCAGUGAAAAAGCGAUAAGCAAUGAAAAAGCCAUAAGCAAUUUUUUUUGAGUGAUCAUUUACAAAUGUGUAACCACCUUCUGCCUAGAAAAAAAUUAAGUGUCUCUGAGGGGAAUGGAGAUGAAAAUGCUAAUACAAAAGUUUAAGAAUUUCUUAGAGAAGCUACCAGGACAUUCUUUCUGAAAAUAAAUCAGUGUUUAGAAGAUUUAUCAUAUAAAAUUCUCAUGAAUUCUGUAAAAUUAAACAUAUCCUAAUACCGACCUUCAGACCACAAUACCUGAAUUAGCACAUCGAGUUCAAUUUUGCAUAAAAUUAUUUUGCUCCGAUCAUUUAUUUUUUAAUUGAGAAGUUUUGUAACAGCCCAUCAGACCAUGUUUGAAGCCACAUCUUUAAGCCACAUUUGAUUCAACAGACUGAGUAUUUAUCAUCGAAACUGAUGCCUAAAGUAAAUUAUAGCAAAACAUUUCCAUUCCAUUAAGUAUAGCUUCUGGGACAGCUUUACGUGUGGCAGAUAGCGCAAAAGUACAAACCAAUGUUACAGAACAGUUCAAAAAGCGUACACAUUUGAAAAUGUCAGGAGAAAGUAGGUAGGUAGCCUGUAAUUAUUCCAAAUUGGAAUUUGUGGUAGGCACCGGCAUUUAUGGGCCCCAUCGUUAAAUAUCAUGUGAGCUUUAAGUGUUGACUGAUUCAUUUUACAGCCGCUCUGAAUGAUAAAGUAUCAACCCAUAGCUCCUUUUAAACCAAUUCCCAACACGUACGAAUACAGUAUUAAAUAAAGGAGAGUGGCAUUUUUGUUGCAUGCUGCAGCCGACAGCUCUCUCUUCUUCAGUAUGAUUGCAGCCCACAUGCUUGUUGGCCUUCCUCCUUUGGAUUGUGAGUUUGUCUUGCUUAAGAAAGGCGAAAGAAGCGUUUUCUGUCAGAUAUUCCAUGUUCAGUUUUGCUACUUAUGUAAGCUAGAAUUUUAGUAAAUCUGUUCAAUGUUUGUUACUUAAAAGGCUUUUGG